AUGAGGUGGAAAAUUGUAGGAGGUGAUAAGGUCAGGCUUUGGGAAGAUAAAUGGAAUCAGCAGCAGCAACCUUUAGCUGAGAGGUAUCCUAGAUUGUACCAAAUAUCUACACAGCAAAACCAAAUCAUCAGACACAUGGGACAGCACAUGCAGUCAGGCUGGGAAUGGCAAUUUCUAUGGAGAAGAUCGCUGUUUGAAAAUGAAAUUCAGUCAGCAGUCAAUUUUUUAAAGGAUAUUGAAGGUAUACACAUUCAGCAACAAGUAUCGGAUGAAUGGGAAUGGUUAGGUGAUCAAACAAGGAAAUAUUCCACCCGUAGUGCAUACAAUCUGAUUUUGGAAGCUUCUAAAGGGGGUCAGCAUCAGGACUGGUGUAAGGAACUAUGGAGGAUUAAAAUUCCUAGCAAAAUUUCUGUUUUUGCUUGGAGGCUAAUAGAAGACAGACUACCAACAAGGAUGAAUCUACAUAGGAGACAAGUGCAAUUGCAGGAUCUGCGAUGUCCUUUCUGCAGAGAAGCUGUAGAGGAGACAUCUCACUUGUUCUUCCACUGCGUCUUUAUCCAACCAAUUUUGUGGGAAUCGAUGUCGUGGCUGAACUUACAAACUGCCUUUCCUCUUGGGCCGAAACAGAAUUUUCUACAGCAUAUAUCUAUCCAGGCAGCAGGAUUAAGGAGUAACAGAUGGCGAUAUUGGUGGAUGGCGGUAACUUGGGCUAUUUGGAAAACCAGAAACAGAGUUCUGUUUUCAAAUGCAGAAUUUGAUGCUAAGAGAUUGUUUGAUGAAGCUAUUUUUUGGACUUGGACUUGGCUAAGACAUUUUGAGAAACAUUUCUCAACUCAUCUUAAUCAAUGGGCAAGCAAUAUUAGUCAGGGUUUUAUCAUGUAA